AUGGAAGAGGGUGAGAACAGUCCCUGGUGGAGAUCUACCCUCAACUUAUCUUCCCCUCCAAUUUUGUUUGGGGCAUGGGAUGGAGUGUUCACUUCAUGCAUGCUCAACAUAUUUGGGGUUGUCAUCUUUCUCAGGACCGGUUGGAUCGUGGGCAACGCUGGGAUGGCUUACACAAUCCUUAUAAUCAUCCUCACAGAGGCCGUUUCCAUCGUAACAGUUCUCAGUGCCAUCGGGAUUAGCCACAAGAGUCGCAUAAUUUGCACUGGUGGCGUCUACACGCUCAUCUCGCACGUUCUCGGCAGUAAGGUGGCCACGCCUAUCGCGCUGCUAUACUGCUUCGGCCAGGCAAUAGCCUGCUCAUUGUGCGUAUUGGCUUUCGGCGAGUCCAUUACAAACUUGCUGGGUUGGAACAACAUAUGGAUGGAGAAGUUGAUUGCUUGUGCUGCCUUGCUGUUCAUUCUUGGAGUUGCAGUGUUGGGUGUAAGCUGGAUGAUUGGCCUACAAAUCCUCCUCAUCAUCAUCCUUUUCAUCGCCAUACUUGAUUUCAUUGUUGGGUCCUUUUUUGUUUCUAAUCCUGCUUCUGGAGUCGUAGGUUACAACAGAUCAACUCUCAUUGCUAACAUCGCACCGCUGUACGUUCGCGGAGAAAAUUUUUUCACCAUUUUGGGUGUUUUCUUCCCCAUGUCCUGCGGCGUACUUGCCGGGUUCAACAUGAGUAUCGAUGUACGCAACCCACCAAAGGAUAUCCCUAAAGGGUCCCUGGGAGCCAUUGGAAUUAGUACAGGGAUUUACUUUUUAAUCGGCCUGAUUCUGGCUGCCACAUGCGAAAGAAGCUUCCUUGUUUCUGACUACAUGAUCGCUGAGAAGAUCUCAGGAACAGGCAUACUUUGGUUGAUAGGCCUGUACGAGUUGUCGCUAUCAUCGGCAGUGGGUAACCUCACUGGCUGUCCUCAAGCCCUCCAAGGCCUCGCAGCUGAUCAGGUCUUCAAAAUUUUAAAACCCCUUGCUACCGGGAAAGGUCCAAACAAAGUGCCAGUUAUAGCCACAGCCUUCCUAGCUCUGGUCAGUCUAAUCUUCAUACUCAUUGGUCAGCUGAACAGCCUUAGUCAGGUGACCACAAUCCUCUUCCUGCUAACGUACGCCACCGUCAAUUAUGCCUAUUUCCUUCUUUCCGUGUCGAUUAGGCAGCAGCUGUUGAGUAGAGAUGUGCUUCUUGAUGGUAGGAAGUACGUGUCAGAGGGGUCCAGUGUGGUGAGUAAAAGAAGGAUGGAUGAAAGAAAAUUGUCAUCGAUUAUGGAAGGUCAGUGGUGUUCUUAG